GUACAAGGAUGUUUAAAAACCUUGAAACUCCGAAAGUUGUCCACCAUGUAACAACAUAAAAAAUUUAAAUUACUGAUUAGUAGUACAUUCAAAUAUUUAACUAAUACCAUCUACGUAAAUAUCCUAUACCAUAAAAAAUUUAAAUGUUAAUUAUUAGACUUAACAUUGAUAUAUUCUUUAUUUAUCAGGGAAAGGGAAAAUUAUUACCUGGUGCUGGAUUAUGUAAUCUCGACCAUUGAAAUUAUGUAAUGUUUAUAUAUUAUUUUUUAAAUCAUAAAACUUUAUCAUGUGACACUAUUUCAACGAUUAAGAUAAACAAUGUUAACACUUUUUAUAAGUUUACACUAAUAAUAUAACAUAUAUCAAACUAUCAAAUAAUUUCUAUUAUAAGCACAUCAAUUUAUAAUAUAUCAAUAGUGUUUCUUAUUAUUAUAAGAUAAACCCAUCAUAUCUGUUAAUUAGUUCAGUUUUUAUUAACUAAUGUUUAUACCAAUGGGAACCAACCUAUCAACUAAUAAUUUUUCCCAUUAAUUAGUAUGUGAAAAUUUUCCGUAGAAUAUGUUAUUUAGGAAUGAUGGUAUUUUAAACAAAGCAAGAUAUAACAUGUUGUAAUAUAAUUACAUAUUUUAGAUUUGAUUAUAUUUUUAUUUUAGUCUUUGUUUAAAUAAUUAUCUUUAUUUUUCGUCAUUAUAAUCUUUCAUUAAAGACUAAAAUUGAGUUGUUUUUUUCUUCUUAUUUUGAUGAGCCUCUUUAUUCCUGAGUUCCUUUUCUUAAAAUGGAUGCUUUGAAAUUCUCUUUUUCCAUACUAAACUGCUAGUGUUUUUUGUUCUGAGCUUUAGAUCCUGUUUAUUAGAAAGAAGAAAAAAAAAAGACUGAACCACAGAUUUAUAUAAUUUUAAAAACUAAAAAUAAAUAAGACUUACAGUGUGUGUGUAUAUAUAUAUAUAUAUUCAAGGAAAAAAGGCAUAUAUAUAUCCAAUUCUAUAUAUACUUAUAUACCUAUACAAACUUAAAAUUAUUGAUAUGUACAUAUAUAUUACCUGUUCAUCGUAAAUAAUAUUCAGCAUAUAACGAGUAAGCUUAUCUUCUUUUUUUUUUUAAUUAUUUAAAGUGAUCCCAAAAUUACCCAAUUAUGCUUGUCUUUUUCAUGGUCAUUAAGAAGAACAUAUUAUGAUAUAAACUUUUCUUGUAUUAAAAAUUUAUAAGUAUUUGAGAUAAGAUGUUCCACGUACUUUCAUAUUAUUUGCAAGCUUGAUUGAUCGCUAAAGAAUAAAUAAAAAAACAAUAACAAUUGAACACACCUAAUGUCUUUUGGCCAUAUAAUAUCCCAAAGAAAAUCACAUGCACCAUUCGUUUGAGAAGGAACGUUUUACAUGUUUUCAGCAUGAAACUUUAGCUUCUUAUAAAUAGGAUAUCAGUGAUCAGACUUCUCACAAGCAGAACCAUUGAUUCCAGAUAAAGGAAAAACAUAUCCAGUUUUCUCUCUAAACCGUCGCCAAAUAAUUCACCAACUCGUCCUUUUUGUCCCAGAAUCCUUUUCCAAGCUAUGCCUUUGCUUUUGUUGUCACAACUUCAAGGCUUCUGGCCUUCUUUGCUUGCUGUAAUCACUGGCUUUAUUAUGAUCAUCAAAGCCCUAAGAUCUGACUUGAUUCAGAAAUAUUCCACGAAACAAAAGCCAAAACUCCCCCCAGGUCCCAAACCAUGGCCUAUAAUUGGUAACCUUCCUGAAAUGCUUGCAAACAAACCUGUGUAUAAGUGGAUACACAAACUCAUGAAAGAAAUGAACACUGAAAUUGCAUGUAUCCGCUUAGGAAAUGCCUAUGUUAUCCCAGUGACAUGUCCUACCAUAGCCACUGAGUUCUUGAGAAAACAAGAUGCAACUUUUGCAUCAAGAUCACUAAGCAUGAGCACUGAUCUCAUUACUAGUGGAUAUUCUACCACAAUUUUUGUGCCCUUUGGGAACCAAUGGAAGAAAAUGAAGAAAAUAAUAACCCAUGAUUUGCUUUCCCCACAAAAGCACCAAUGGCUUCAUGACAAAAGGGCUGAAGAAGCUAACAACCUAAUUUUUUACGUCUACAACAAAUGCAAAAAUGUGAACUAUGAUAAUGGUGGUGUUGAUGGUGGCCUGGUGAACAUUAGGAGUGCUGCAAGGCAUUAUUGUGGUAACUUGAUCAGGAAAAUUAUUUUUAACACAAGAUAUUUUGGGGAAGGUAGAAAUGAUGGAGGUCCUGGUCUUGAGGAAGUGGAACAUGUUGAUUCCAUCUUCGAUUUGCUUAAGUAUGUUUAUGCCUUUUCUCUUUCUGAUUAUAUGCCAUGUUUGAGGGGACUUGACUUGGAUGGCCAGGGAAAGAAGGUGAAAGAAGCUUUGAGGAUCGUGAAUAAGCAUCAUGAUCCCAUCAUUGAAAAGAGAAUGAAACAAUGGAAUGAUGGAUUAAAGGUUAAUGAAGAGGAUUGGCUUGACAUUCUACUCUCCCUGAAAGAUGCAAACCACAACCCAUCAUUGACAUUGGAGGAAAUCAAAGCGCAAAUUAUAGAACUAAUGCUUGCAACAGUGGACAAUCCAUCAAGUGCUUUUGAAUGGGCACUGGCUGAAAUGAUAAACCAACCAGAGUUACUCCAACGAGCGACGGAAGAAUUGGACAGUGUAGUGGGGAAAGAAAGGCUUGUUCAAGAAUCAGACAUUCCAAAGCUCAACUAUGUGAAGGCUUGUGCAAGAGAAGCUUUUCGCCUUCAUCCCAUUGCACCUUUCAUUCCACCCCAUGUCUCUAUGAGUGACACUGUUGUGGGAAAGUACUUCAUCCCUAAGGGUAGCCAUGUAAUGCUAGGAAGGCAAGAACUUGGGAGGAACCCAAAAGUGUGGAAUGAACCCCUCAAGUUCAAACCUGAACGACACCUCAAGAGUGAUGGAUCGGAUGUCGCUUUGACAGAUCCAGAUUUGAGGCUCAUGUCAUUCAGUACUGGAAGACGUAGUUGUCCUGGAGUGAUGCUUGGCACUACUAUGACUGUGAUGCUAUUUGCUAGGUUGCUUCAUGGCUUCACUUGGAGUGCACCACCCAAUGUUUCAACAAUUAACCUUGCUGAGUCCAACGAUGAAAUCCUUCUUGCUGAGCCACUUGUGGCAGUGGCAAAACCAAGAUUAGCACCAGAACUAUACCACCUUUAA